AUGCGCCGUCCGACCCACGCCGCACUUCCGCCGCUGCCGCUGCUGCUCCUCCUCGCGACGACGUGUUGCGUCGGUGGGUGCCUCGCCGCUGCACACCGCCGUGCGCUCGACGAGGCGGCGUUGAGGAGCGGCCCGCCGCCGACCGCGAUGGUGCGUGAGGUGCCGCGCAAGGGAGAGGGCGCGGCGCAGGCGUACACCGUCGCCGCAGAGGGCGAGGACAAGGGCUGGGAGCCCAUCCGCAUCGUGGUGUCGAUGGAGGAUCUGAGCGACGCAAGUAAGUACUGCACCAAAGAAGGAGAAAAGAAACCCGACUUCAGGGGACAAGAGUUACCGUGCGCGAAGAAGGAAGUACUGACCGCGGAUUGGAACAAAACCCUGGUGAACGAGGUCAUCCCCGUGGCUCUCAAGCUGCACGCGGAGCGUCUGCUCGUUCGACGCCUGAAGACCCCGCUGAAGGUGCCCAAGUUCACAGAGAAGCAUGGGCUUUGCCAGCACUUCAAGGUCCCCGAAGGGCACCAAAGUGCGGGGGUUGAGAAUGCGGACAUGGUGCUCUACGUGGCUGCCAGGUCUAAUUACGGGGAGUGGGGUCUCCCGUGUGCGUUUGGGACGGACGGUCGUCCAAUUGCCGGUGCCCUGAAUCUGCUGCCUUCUCCACAGUUGUCUGUCAUGCACUCUGCCCGCGUCGCUGCGCACGCAAUCGCCUAUGCCCUUGGCUUCGACGCGAAGCAGAUGAAGGAUCACAAAAUGCUGACGACCGUCUCUGCUGUGCGCGGUGGCAGCUCUCCUGUGACGGUGGUGAGUUCCCCCGUUACGCUGAACAAAACGAAGGCACACUACGGCUGCGACAAGCUGCAGGGCAUGGAGCUGCAGGACUGCGACGGUGCGAAGGACUGCCACUUGUCGUUGCGCAACGCGAAGGACGAGCUGAUGAGCGGUCUUGGCGGGAUAACAGCCGGCUACUACACGGCGCUGACGAUGGCAAUGUUUGAGGACCUCGGCUACUACAAGGCCGUGUGGGGGAUGGAGGAGCCGAUGGCGUGGGGCAGGGGCGCGGGCUGUGACUUCCUCGAGAAGCCGUGCUCAGACAAAAGCCCCGCCGAGCACCCCGGCAUGUUCUGCGACAAGAAGACCGAAAAAUCGUUUCGCUGCACGUCCAACCGUCAAGCCAUCGGGCAAUGUGGUCAGAAUGUCGCUGAAGGCGGCGCCAACCCAAAGGAGACCUGCUCUGUUUUUUUCCCUUCUGAUGAUGGUGUGCCUGAAGUGUUCUGCACUGUGGAGGGAAGCAACGCACCGCCCGGGUCCCUCCAUGGGGGAGGCUCGUGGUGCCUCGAUGCGGAGCCACUGGAGGCCAGGAGCAAGGCGACCGACAAGGACUACACCGAAGUGCACGCGGUGUGUGCGGGGGUGCAGUGCGAGGCGGGCAAAGUGAAGGUGAAGUACCUCGGCAGCGACGCGUGGCAGGAGUGCCCCGAGGGGAAGUUUAUCACGCCGAAGUCGGCGCACUUCAAGGACGGCGGCAAGAUCAAGUGCCCGAAGUACGAGGAGGUGUGCACCAUCGCCGCCAACGGCAGCAGCCUCGUCAAACUCAGCUCCCCAGACAAGGACGGCAAAAAAGACGACAAGGACGGCAAAAAAGACGACAAGGACGGCAAAAAAGACGGCAAGGACGGCAAAAAAGAUGGCCAAGAAGGCAGUGCUGCUGUUCUCUCCAGUCUGCUUGUCCUCGCCACGGUCACCGCGGCGGCGGCGGUAGUGCCGCUUUGA